CUCCCGGCCAUCCCGCAACAUGUCCACCGAAGAGCCCCAGCCCGGUCCCGGCCAAGACGCCACCCGUGUUGCCGAUCAACUCGACCGCCUCAACAUGGACGGCGAGGGUGAAGUGGUUCCACGCACCGAAGAGGAGUAUGCCGAGGCGCAGCUCACCCUGCGAGCCAUUGUUUCGUCCAAGGAAGCCGGUGUCAUCAUAGGCAAGGCUGGCAAGAAUGUCGCCGACCUACGCGAUGAGACUGGUGUCCGCGCCGGUGUUAGCAAGGUAGUCCAAGGUGUCCACGACCGCGUCCUCUCCGUCACGGGCAGUCUUUCUGGCAUAUCAAAGGCAUAUGGUUUGGCUGCCAAGGGCCUGCUCGAGGGCGCACCCGCCAUGGGCAUGGGCGGCGUUAUUCGCACUGACGGCACUCAUCCUAUCCGCCUCCUCAUUUCGCACAACCAGAUGGGCACCAUUAUUGGCCGUCAGGGUCUGAAGAUCAAGCAGAUCCAAGAUGCCUCUGGCGUCCGCAUGGUUGCCCAGAAAGAGAUGCUCCCCCAGUCGACGGAACGCAUUGUCGAGGUCCAGGGAUCUCCUGCCGGCAUCGAGAAGGCUGUGUGGGAAAUCGGCAAGUGUCUCAUUGAUGACCAUGAGCGUGGCUACGGUACUGUCCUCUACAAUCCUGCUGUUAGGGUCCAGCCCGGCGUGGGUCCCGGUCCCGCGGCGAAUGGUGGCAGCGCACCCGCCGGGGGUAUGGGCGGCGGACGCUCGUACAACCGCACUGGCCACGGCGCUGACUUUAGUGACUCGCCGCCUGCCUUUUCUCGACGGUCCGGUUCAGAUGCUGCCAGCAGGCCACCGCCCCCUACGCACACGGAGGACGGUGAGGAGAUGCAGACGCAGAACAUCAGCAUCCCGUCUGACAUGGUUGGUUGCAUUAUUGGGCGCGGCGGCAGCAAGAUCAGCGAGAUUCGAAAGACUUCGAAUGCUCGCAUCUCCAUUGCCAAGGCUCCCCACGACGACACUGGCGAGCGCAUGUUCACCAUCACCGGUAGUGCCAGUGCUAACGAGAAGGCCUUGUACCUCCUGUACGAGAACCUCGAGGCUGAGAAGAUGCGCCGCAGCCAGGCGCAAGAGUAAACGGCUACGCUAGCACAUCCCUCCACAUUGGACACGAUUGUGGGUGGUGGUGCCUCCACGCCACCCAUUGAAACUGGCGAGUUUACUGGGAGGCCAUGCAGCCGCUACAUGGUAUCGCUGGUCCUUCACGUUCGACAGUCAUGUGUACUUGUCAUUCCCUAAUGAAGGCCCACCGACAUGAGAUCCAAAAGCAUGAGCUUGAUUAGUUUCUUACUUGCUGUUAAAUGAUGGAUACCACGGAUUGUUUGGGGGCAUUGUUUUAACUUUUUUUUAUUGUCGAGAGAGAGAGAGAGAUUGAUAUCCAAGUGCACGCUGAGCGGUUCACGAAUGUCAUGACGUUAUGGCCUUUG